GCUGCGGGGCUCGGGCGGCAGCGGGACCGGCACCGGCACCGGGCGGGGCGGGGGAACCGGCCGGCUCCAAACCCGCCUCCCGGCGCGGGGAGGAGGCGGUGGCCGAGUCCCCCCCGCCGCGCUCCAGCCGAGCCGAGCCGAGCCGUGCCAGACCCGCGCCGCUCCUCCGCCGCUCGCCCAUGGCGACCCCCGGCCCCACGCGUGCCCCGGGCCCGGCUCGGAGCCGCCGCUGAGCGCUGCCACCGGCCCGGCGUCCAGAGCUCCAAUGUCCUGACCCGCUCUAAGAUGAGGGUAUGGAAGUUCGCAGCCAUCGCAUCGAUGCUCCUCAGCUCCAUGUUGUCCAUCUUAGUUUGUAGGGACAUGUUCAGCGGAAGCCGGGAACGCGGCCCCUUGUCUUCCUCGCCGUCUUCCUCACGGGCAUCUUCCUCCUCCUCCUCCUCCUCCUUCUCCUCUUCCUCCUCCUCGCUGCCGGCGGCUCCACGGAGAUCCCCACGGGCCCUGCAACGCCACGGCUCUCUGCUCUCCCAGUACAGCAGCCUGCUGGAGAGCUACACCGAGGGCGAGAUCCGCCAGCUCGUCUCGGCGCUGGUGGAGCGCUACAGCCAGGCCAUGAACUCGGGGGGCCACGAGCUGCCGCUCUUCCCGCGGGCCGGCAGCCGCCGCAAGCGCGCCCGCGCCCGCCACAAACCCUGCGAGCUGCGGGAGCUGGAGGUGAGCGUCAGCGAGCUGGGCCUGGGCUACGAGUCGGACGAGACGGUGCUUUUCCGCUACUGCAGCGGCACCUGCGAGGCCGCCGUGCGCAGCUACGACCUGUCGCUGAAGAGCAUGAGGAGCCGCCGCAGGAUCCGCCGGGAGAAGGUGAGGGCCAGGCCCUGCUGUCGCCCGCUGGCCUACGACGACGACGUGUCCUUCCUGGACGCCUACAACCGCUACUACACCGUCAACGAGCUCUCGGCCAAGGCGUGCGGCUGCGUGUGACGCGCCGGGGAUGUCCCCACACGAGGGGAGAGGGAGGGAAGAGGCGACGCCCCAGCGCCCGAACCUCGCCGGGCCGGUGGUGGGAAGAGCGGGAUGGAGUCCGGAGCGGCUGGAGGAGGAGGAGGGACUGAGCCGCUGGCACAUCCCGAGGACUAGAGACACGGCGGAGGUUGUCGGAGCGGUGACGGCUGCCUGGGGCUGUUGUGCCCCCCUUGGAGGUGGCCCAGGAGUCCUUGUGAGCCCCUCCAGGGGUGGCUCAGGGGUCCCUGUCGCCCCCCUCCCAGAGGUGACAGCGGGUGUGUGGCGUGCACAGGACACGUCCUACGCUCGGGGUUCAAUGUCACCCGUGUCACACCCGCCGGUCGUGUCACCUGCCCGGGGGUGGGGGUGUCACGAGGUGGGUGUCCCCUGCACGGGGUGGUCCCCACGUGCCAGGGGUUCCGUGUCGGGUGCGUGGCACACGCCGGUGCUGUGAUGGUGAGCAGGGGUUGGUGUGGGGGUGUUGCUGCAUGUGGAGUGGUGCCGGUGGUGUGUGGGGCUGGACGGGGUGUGCUGAACACACGGGGUGUUUUGGGGUGUCCAGCACACAUGCUGUGUGUUUUAGGGGGUGCAGCACUCACAGUGAGUGUUUUGGGGUGUCCAGCACACACAGCGAGUGUUUUGGGGUGUGCUGAACACACAGAGUGUGUUAUAGGGUGUGCUGUUAGAGUGUGUGUGUUUUGGGGUGUCCAGCACAGACAGCAAAUGUUUUGAGGUGUCCAGCACACACAGUGAGUGUUUUGGGGUGUGCUGAACACACAGAGUGUGUUAUAGGGUGUGCUGUUGUAGGGUGUGUAUUUUGGGGGGUGCAACACACACAGUGUGUGUUUUAGGGGGUGCAGCAUACACAGUGUUUUGGGGUGUCCAGCACACACACUGAGUGUUUUGGGGUGUGCAGCAUACAGAGUAUUUUGGGGUGUGCAGCACACACACAGCGAGUGUUUUGGGGUGUGCUGAACACACAGGGCGUGUUAUAGGGUGUGCUGUUAUAGGGUGUGUGUUUUGGGGGGUGCAGCACACACAGUGAGUGUUUUAUGGGGUGCAGCAUACACAGUGUUUUGGGGUGUCCAGCACACACAGUGAGUGUUUUGGGGGGUGCAACACACACAGUGAGUGUUUUGGGGUGUCCAGCACACACAGUGAGUGUUUUGGGGUGUCCAGCACACACACAGUGAGUGUUUUGGGGUGUCCAGCACACACAGCGAGUGUUUUGGGGUGUGCUGCACACACACAGUGAGUGUUUUGGGGUGUCCAGCACACACAGUGAGUGUUUUGGGGUGUCCAGCACACACACAGUGAGUGUUUUGGGGUGUCCAGCACACACAGCGAGUGUUUUGGGGUGUGCUGCACACACACAGUGAGUGUUUUGGGGUGUCCAGCACACACAGUGAGUGUUUUGGGGUGCAUUCCAGGUGUGUCACACAGCUGCAGGUGCCCUGUGCCACCCCGGCUCAGGGGCUGAGCCCUGCACUUUGUGUCUGGGGUGGGUCCCCAGAGUUUUGUGACCUCCCUUCUGUGCCAGGGGCAAUUCAGCCCCCAGAUCCCCCUCUUUGGGGGCACAAAAGCACGGGCCGUGGUUUGUGAGAGGCUCUGGCUCCGCUCCCCGCUCGUGCCCCUUUUGCCAUCGUCUCAUUCCCGCAGCCCCGGGGCUUUGCUUCUUAAAACUCGGGAUAAUCUGAAUAACUGGAUUAACCUCCCGUGCCCCCGCCACGGGCAGCUGGGCCGGAGCCCAGGGAGGUGACACGACCUCGCCGGGGCCACCAGCAGAGCGGUGGCACUUCCCGGCGUGGGCAGGAGCGUUCCUGGUUUGGCCUCUCCCAAAAAUCCACUCUCAGCUCUCCCGGGAGCAUCCCCCCAGCACCCGGAAUGGUGCAGGAGAAGGGAUUGGGGCCUGGCUUUGGCUCCCCUCACAUUUACAGCAGUGUCACUGCUGUUUACUCUGCGGGGAGAUAAACGAGCCCGCAGACUUUCCCGUUCCCUGGGCAGGCUCGAUUUGUUGCCUGGGAUUGAUGGGGUUUUUUUUCUCCCCUUGGCUCCCUUCCCAGAAAAAGCAAAUCAUAAACAGAAGGAGAAUAUUGGUGUCAUGUCCUGGGCAUUAACCAACGCCAGGGAAAACGCUCCGUGUGCAGCCCUCCCCUGUCACGGAGUCAUCCCAGCUCCGGAGAAACAGGGGGGAAAAUUCCACGUACCUUCAUCCCCAGGUGGAGGAGGGCUUUGUGUCGGUGAUCCUGGCAGCCCGGGGAUGGUGCUGCAGGAUUUGGGGCAGCAGGGGAAGCAUCCCGAGGAUGGGAUGGGAUGGGAGAGCUGUGUGUGACCGGCCUCAUUCCCGACCUCCACGAAGGGGCAGGAUUUAGGGGAUCAGGUUGGCAUCCCCUGGGGUGGGAUGGGAUGGGAUG